AUGUCUCCGCAUUCACGAGGUACGAGCUCUCUACGGUCGCAGCGACCUCCAAUCGCCUGUAUCUAUCGCGUUGGAAAGUAUGUCCGCCUGCGAGCUUUGCGAGGAUUGGUCAUACAACGACCUGGUGAGACUUGGCCCAUGUUCUCUGCCCCGAUCAUCGGUGAACAGUUGGGUGUUCUAAUCAUCUUAUUCGUCACUACGCUUCCACCACGUUGGCCUUUACGGCGUACUCAGAAAUCCAAGCUGCAGCUCGCCGCGGUCUUCUCGCUCUGGCGGAGCCCAACAGCAAGUGAGGCUACAGGCGGCUCAAUCGAGUCGUCCACUCAACAAGACCACCACUGCGCACAACGGCGUGCUCGGCAAGCCGAACACAACUUCUAUCUCCAUCUCGGUACGGAGCUGCGGCUAGAUAUAUUAUCGAACGCAAGGAUGCCGUUCUUGUUCCCUAAAAGGGCUCUUGUUCUUCACAACCGACAGCGCCGCCGCCGUUACCGCACUCCCUCCCCGAAGGGUAGCGGCGUCAUCCGAACCUCUCGCAACAGUGCGAUUCUGGUAGCGAGCCACUCGGGCGGAUUGUUCUCCGGCAACGCUAAUAGGGAACGUAUCUCAAAACCUAGAUUCGGCAACUUCACCUUCAUCGAGCAAGAACCCAACAGGACACGAGGAGUGCUGUCUGUCAAGAAAAAGUGUGUCUCUGUAGCUUUUGGGUACAUCCUGCCGUGGUCCACUGUGCAGAACAAGCAUCUCAAUCCCAGCAGCGGACGGUUUGAAACAGGUCGCAAACCCCACCGUUCAUCGACAUGCGGUGGAAGGAACUUCAAAUGUCUCUGUGGCCAAAGGCAAUACGAGACUGUACAAUCCCGUGCCCUCAUUGCGGUGACAUUGGCCAGGAUGAGUAUUGCUCUUCUAUCUGACGUGCCUGUCUCCGGAGUCUAUGCAAUGGAGCUGCCGUACGACUGGAACGCCGGCCCAAUGGCUCAUUCGCAGUACACGCAUACCAAUGCCAGUGCGCCAGGCAGCUGCUGGAGUGAUCGAAGAUCCUGGCUCACUUCCUGGGCUACUCACAAGCCCCGUGUCCUAACUUCUACUAGAAUGUCUACCAUCCCCAUGAUGUCUCCUGGAGAGCUUGAGUCAGUGCCAAUCGUUGUCAUCGUGCCUGCCCUGCAAACCCUGCUUAUAGUGAUUAUCUUCUCAUCCUUCCUUGUCCCUACUACAAUCGCUCUCUUCGUUUCGUCUACACCUGCACACAGAAGGCUGCCAACUUUUAUUCUGAAUCUCUGCGCCAUAAUCCUUGGUUUGGCUCAGGGAGCUAUCUUGAGCUAUCUCUCCAUCACCGAGUUGACAAACAAAACGACCAACCAGCGGCUGAUCUCCGCGAGUAUUGGGCUUUACGUAGUCUUGCCCAUAUGCGUCCAAACUAUCCUUCUCUUUCGGAUCAUUGCCGUAUAUCCACCGCGAUCUCUACCAAUAGCAACUUGCAUUGGCUUGUACGGACCGGCAAUUGCGAUGAAGGCUGCGAGGGUUGCCAAUGCUUGCUAUUUGAUAUACUCGACUCAGAGAGGCAAAGAAGGAGUACCCAAAACGGUUGCCAGUCAAUCUGCAGCGAUAUGGACCUCCCCGUAUGCCAAGUCGGAGUGGUUUCUCCAGCUUGCUGACGACGUAUUCGUGUCGACCCUCUUUCUCAUGCGCAUACAACAGGGCAUCAAAUUCUCUGGAAAGCAUACUUCUAAAAAACGAUAUGACGGGCACUCAGCGACAGUAUCUUAUGCGGCACGCCUCCAAACGCUAUUCUGGAUUGCACUCUCCAACUUCGUCUUUCCAGUCAUCUUUGACAUCGCACAAUUGGUCAUGAUUUUGCGAGACUCAAACUACAUCGAUGGGUCGCGUGUCGUAAGCGUCAACACAUAUGUCUCCAUUCUGGGAGUGCUUUUCUCGACCAUCUGGGCCACGGGAUCUCUCCACACGUCCGAGAGCUCAGUCGGACAGACAAGCCUUGCGACAAACAUCUACUCUACUCGCAUGCCUAGCAUAGGCCGCGCUCCACUGGUUGCCUCGCGGAAUCUUCCCUAUGCCAUGGCCUCUUCCGCAACGCUUUCAAGGAUGUCCGAGUCGAACACUGUUGAAAAAGGAAGCCAUGAAGAGGAUGCGUAG